UAUAUAAAAGCGAGGAAUGUCUACGUUGAUCCAACCAGUGUACGUUUGUGCAUCAAACCGAACCACGAUGAUUAAGCUGUUCCUCAUUACGUUGCUUUGCGUGGCGGUGCUCGCCAAUUUACCGAUCGACAAAUUUAAUCAACCAGGAGGAAAAAUAGAUGAACUGAUUAAUAUAAUGGGUCAAAGUAGUCCUUUAGUGCGACGUGCGGCACAAGGACCUCAGAAUGGGUCACCUCCGAAUGAACCACCUCCGAUGAGACCACCUCCGAAUGGACAACAAUCGAAACCUCAGCAGAACGGAUUUUCGAAAUCUUUAAAAGGAUCAUCUCUGGGAUAAUAGCAAUAAACUCUGGUCUCUUACGGAUAUUGUGGUCUUGUAAAAUAGACGAAGAUGAUUAUAUUUCACUCAGCACUCUAUCACAUAUUUUACUAAAUUAUUUGCACGGCUAAGAAAAACCCCGAUGAUUUUAGGAUAAUAAAGCUUUGCACUGCA